GAGCCCCGGCUCGCAAUGCAAAAUACCGCAUCUCUAUCUGUAUUACUAUGAAAAUGAACGUAACCCAGCGCUUUCUGCACAGCAGAUUUGCUCUUAAAGGUUUCUGCCUUCGGGCCGCUACCUCCGCAAGCUCUUCACUCACUGCAAGCUGUCCUAGAACGGAAAAUUGAGAGUGCCCAGACAACAUGAAGCAAUAGGAAGUCAUUAAAAAAAUAUUGAAAGUGUUUUGCACAGUACUGUUGUUUUGGAUAGCCUGGUAUCUUGCACAAAUACCUCUAUCGGUAGUAAGAACUUGAGAAGCCAAAAAAUUAAAAUGGAUUUGCAAAUGAUUUCUGCAAGUUGAUUUAAAAAAUAUAUUUUGCUAUAUUUCUGGAAUUAUAACUAAUAGCAGGUAUUUUUAACCUUUAAAACAGUCAAUUCAUUGAUUACUGUUAUUAUUAGAAUUUAAUUAUUACAAUAAUUUGCUACUUUUUUUUCCUGUCAAAUAUGCCCACGCUAAAUAAUAACCCAGCUAUAACAGUAUGAGUAUCUAAAAUUCCUAAGAGCAUGCUCAGACUGUUUUCUGAAAUUUGUUUUAAAGCAAUUGGUUUUAUCUGGCAGCAUAACCUCAGACAUUAUUGAGUCUUGCCAGGAAGCUGCAAAUUCACAAAUGAAACCAUUUCCUUGGAAGAACCAAUCCUGAACAUUCAUUUAAGCAUCUGAGCUAGGAAUAGCAGUGGAUUCUUCUGUCCACUGAGGGUUUUCUCUUUAAUUUGCCCUUUCUUUCUGCAUGAGUUUGAAGCAGAGUUCUGUGCCAAACAUGUUUGGAGGAUGACUGGCCUGCAUUGCGGAUGCUCAGCACUACAGAAAUAGCUGCCUGAUGCUUUGGGGUGCGUGGCUUCUAUCCCUGACCAUCACGAGAGCCUUGUGUGGUGCACCUGUGCUAGCUUGCAAAGAGGUCAGUGUGUCACUGGAGGAACGUGACCUUGGACGUCCAGAAGUGCUCUCUGCCAUCAGCAGUGCUCCUGGCACCUGCUGGCUGCUGCCCUCUCCUUGCCAUGGAUCGCUGCCUGCCUGCGGGAGCCAGCAGCUCGCCUCUGGCUGCCCGUCCUCUUUUCUCCCUCGUGCAGCUGUGUGAUCCGCCUGGGUGGUAGUAAGAAAUGUGCCUCAGAACUUGUGGUGCAGAUUUGGAAGGCCACUGAUGUACUUCUACAAAUUAGCUAUUGCCUAGUUCCAGAAAGUGUCAUGUAUGUGGGACUGUUACAAUGGGUUUUCUUGCUGCUUCUCAUAUUUUCAAUCGUAACAAUGUGGUACAUCACCUUUUCUUCAAACACUGUGAUUGAGCAUGCAAACACCAUGUAUUUCUAUGAAUACGAACCAGUUUACAAGCAACCCUACCUCUUCACGUCACGAGAACACUUGAAAUGCAAAGACAUAAAUCCGUUUCUAGUCAUCUUGGUGUCUUCAAGACCUAAUGAUGUGGAGUCAAGGCAGGCCAUAAGGAUAACAUGGGGAUCUCACAGCUUCUGGUGGGGACAUCGGAUUUUAACGCUGUUCUUACUGGGUCAGGAAACGGAAAGAGAAGACAAGUCUGCAGCACUGUCAGUAGAAGAUGAAAGCAUCCUGUACGGUGACAUAAUUAGCCAAGAUUUUAUGGACACUUACGACAAUCUGACCUUGAAAACAAUUAUGGCGUUCCGAUGGGUGACUGAGUUCUGUCCAAAUGCUAGAUUCGUCAUGAAGACUGAUUCUGAUGUCUUCAUCAACACGGGUAACUUAGUAAAAUUUCUUCUGAAGCUCAACUCCUCAGAAACUAUUUUCACUGGUUACCCUUUUAUAGGUAGCUUCGCCUACAGAGGCUUCUACAAGAAAACGUACAUCUCGUACGAUGAAUAUCCUUUCAGUUUUUAUCCGCCGUACUGCAGUGGCAUGGGUUAUAUAUUGAACGGAAACCUGGCGCUGAGGGUUUAUGAAAUGAUGAAUCAUAUCAGACCUAUUAAAUUUGAGGAUGUUUAUGUUGGAAUUUGCUUAAAUAUACUCAAGGUGAACAUCAUCAUUCCAGAAGAAGAACGGUUCUUUCUUUAUAAAAUUAAUUUUGAUGUCUGUAAGUAUAGGCAUUUGAUUGCAGUACAUGGCAUUAAGCCUAGUGAAAUGAUCCAGUUUUGGCAGGAUUUGUCAUCCAACACUUCAGUUACUUGCCUUUGAUUCUGUAUAAAUGUACGUGAGCUUAAACCUGUACUGUCUUAAACCUAGAAUUGUACUGCAAAAGUGUUCAACUAAUGCACAGGGCCACAUGAAACAAAAGCAUGGUUGUUGAGCUGACUUUGGCUGAAGGACAACUGUGCUGCUGGGGGAAAGCUGCGAUGGCAGCAUUUCCUGGGAUGUUCUCAUAUUCUUAAGUGAAAAUAUCAGGAAUUCACAGAGCACUUUUCCAUGUAUAUAUCCUAUGCAUGCAGGAUACUUUGGAGUAUGCUGUCCUGUCUUGCUCUGAUGCUUCUGCACGCUGUAUGCUGUAACCAUGGGAUUUCUGCCUGAAUCUCCUGGAAUUUAUAAAAAGUUACAGGAGUUAUGUUUAUGCCAAGAAACUAGCUUGGAAGAUGCUUCUCAGGGUACUGCCUAACUUGAUUUCUUUUGUUGUUUUUGUGAACUGCAUCAUCCUUUGCUGCCUUCAGGUACUUGUUCUCUGCCCAGCAAGGAACUCGGAGCUACCUUCGUACUGACACAGAAACCCCUCUGUAAUCGUUCUGAGUGUCCCAGGGCUCUGGAUUUGUGGGGUGUGCAGAAGCCAAGGGGAAGUUCUGAAAAGGGGAUGCACUCUGUGUGCACGUGUCUGUAUAUUUAUAUACAUGUAAACCAGAACUGUUUUGGUGCCUUACAAGGAACAUUAGUAACGUUCACACACCAGUAGAGGGCUGGCCCCAGAAUACUCCAUGUGCAGUGUGGGCCCGAGACAUCCCUCACGCAGUGAUAUCAUCAGGUACCGCAUGUAUCCGUACACGUGUGUGUGUGCUGAUGCAUCCCGAGGGUUCCUGGCACCACACUUCACAUCCAUUCAAAACUUUAUAUCCAUUUCAAAAAUAGUCUUCGUGCUUCAGGUAUUAAAGUGAAAGAAGUAUGAGGUUCUGUGCUUCUAAUGUAAAGAAGACAAAGUGUACUGUAUCUGUAAAGAUGGGUAUUCUAAUCACUUUAUUCAUAGCGGCAAGACCAAGGUUUCAGUAGUUUACACUUCUAAUAGACAACGAUACAGAAUUUGCAAUUACAUUAACAUAAUUAUUCUAGACACAUCUACUACACAGCGGAGACUAUAGUUACAUCCUGUACAUCUAGAAUGACAGAGCACUGCCACUUUAUUUGUACUAUAGCUAACGUGUUAUGAUAUAUUUACAUUUGGCUGUCUUUCAGAUAGUCUCUUAGAGACAAAUUAGAAGAGGUACAGAAGCCUCUGGUACCAAGACUGAGGUUUCACCAAUGUUUUUGUUAUGCUGUGGUUAUGGUCAGUAUUGAAUUCUGCUGUCUUCUCAAUAACUACAUGGUUUUAUGAUGGAAGUAUAGGACUUUUUAAAUAUAUAUAAAAAUGAUGUAUUGGGGAAAAUACUGCCUAGACAAGUAUUUCAGAUUUCAGUGUUCUAAGAACGUAUGGGUCAAAGCUUUUCAAAAAUACAUAUUUUUCGUUAAACCAAAUAGCUAAAGCUACUGUAUUGCAUAACCAAGGAAAGAAUGCUGUUGUAGCUCCCGAAACAGAGGUAAAACUACAGUUAUUCCUGUUGUUUUAGGAUCCGUUAUUUGAUUGUUGUAGCACUGUGGUCAGAUCCUGAGAGCUCUGUGAGAAAUGGUUAACUUGCUCUUUGAUUGUUUAUACCUCUAAAUAAAACAAAGCCAUUGGUUUUUUAAGCCUGCCAUGUAAAAUGUUUAGAAAUAAAUUAUUUGUCACAAGAA